AUGAUUAAGAAUAAAGAUAGUAAAGACAUCAAAAUUGACCUUGAGACCUUUAGCAGAAGGAAUAAAAGUCCUUAUCCUGAGCUACAGCAUUUUGAUACAUUAUACUAUAAUAGGCCUUAUUCGAUGACGUCUAAUGUUUUUGAAAAGUUUUGUGAUACGCAAAUUACUUAUAAUUCACAUGUGCAUUCAUCGAUCCUGAAUAAUUUGAAUCAAGAUUUUAAAACUAGUCAUGCUCAGAGCCAUGAUGCUUUACCAAAUUCAGAUCACGUGCAAAUCGACUUAACCUGCAACGAAGUGAUGCCGUUAGAAGAACUCUCAUUUAAUAUAACUGAACAAAAUGAUAUUAGUUCAUCAACGUACGUGAUGCAAUGUGGUUUUGAUUCCGACGACUCUGUGCGUGAUAAAGACUAUCUCCCAUCUGAUUCAAGUAGCGAUUCAAGUGACGAUUUUGAAUCAAUUAAAUCGAGUAACCAAAAGUCCCAUGUGUUACAAACAAACGGAAGUUCUAAAAAAAAGGAUUCACAGUCCAUAUUUCCACCAACUGUGGUCACGAAGAGCUUAACUUCAGACGUUCUUGACACUGUUCCUUUUAUUCAUGAAAGAAAAAAGUUGCAGAAUAAACGCAGAAGCUCAAUUAAUUUUCCUUGUGCUGAUAAAGAUAUUGCCGCGUCACUACUUCCUUGCUAUCGUAGGAACACCAUUGAUGUUGGUGCGUAUCAAACAUUGUAUCAAGUCAAUGGACCUGUUGCAGUCACUUUGGAACCUGAAACAUCACAACCAAAACAAAAACGUAAAAAAUAUGACACUCCCUUAUUUCAGCGAAAAAUAGAUGCCAAAAAUAAAAUAAAGUUAGAACAUAAUGUUAAAAUGGGGUGUAACGAAACCUGCCUAAAAAAAUUUACUUCCAAAUUUAGUCAAGUCGAGCGAGAAGCAAUCAAUAAAAUGUAUUGGGACAUGUCCUGGCGAGAAAAGCAUUUAUUCGUGAAUGCACACACUUCAGUAGCAGUUCCAAAGAGAAAAAUGACCAGUGACCCGAAGAGGAAACCAAGAAGGGCAUUUACAUUUAAGCAACUAGACGACACCAGAGUUGAGGUAUGCAAAACCUUUUUUUUGACUACUUUAGGUUAUGUUAAAACAAAUGACAGGAUCUUGCAUAGCUCUUUUAUUGAUCCCCAAUUUACUGAUAAAAGAGGAAAGCACCAGAAAACACUUGCUUAUGAUCGUAAUUUGUUGACUCAGCACGUUGAAUCGUUUCAACCAUCAGAACCCCACUACAGGCGUGAACAUGCUCCACUGCGACGAUAUUUGUCAAGUGAUAUUAGUGUAACUAACAUGCAUAGACAUUUCUGUAAAAAAUAUCCAGAUAAGAUCGUUUCGUAUGAACUAUAUAGGCAACACGUAAAAAAAAUGAAUAUUUCUUUUACUCGUUUGGGUAAUGAAGAGUGCGAAAUGUGUGAAGCUUACACUUUGCAUAAAAAAGAAAUGUCACAUGAUGUCGAUUCGACGCUUCCUUCUGAUGCAGAUAUUUCUGAAAUAAAUCAAGUGAUGGAUUUGUUAUCGGAUUCCGAGGAAAUAAUAUGUCAAAGUCGUAAUAAUUCACUUAUCACCAAACAUAGUUUUUCUGACGAUUCUCCGACUGAAGAAAAUAUCACACAACAUCAAUCUCCCGAUUGUAGCUUAAAUCAUCUAGAAUUUGAUUGUGAUAACCAUUUCUGCCACUUGUUUGUUGAAAAGGAUAUUUUACCUCUACAGUCAGUUGAUUCCAAUAUUACCGACUUAUCAUAUACCUCUCAAGCAAACACGCCUCUCUCUUCUUACUCAGAAGCAACACCACAAACUUCUAGAAAAUGGGUUUUAAAACCAAGGAAAGAUAAGGGAAAUAUCAGACGUCGACAUGUUAUGCAAUGGAAGGACAACAAAAGAAAAAUUCUAAGAAACUUGGGCAAAGGAGUAUACGCGAACAUUGCACAUGAGUAA